AUGGAGAAGCGUACAAAAGGUGUUGCUGUCCUUGCACGUGGUGUGGCAACUUGCUCAACCCAGGCAGCCGUUUAUGGACAAUGCGUUUCAUCUAGUUACAAAGAUAUCCAAAAAGAUAUGUGCUUAAAAGAAUUCCAGGCAUUCAAAGAGUGUGUUCAGCAUGCUAUUAAGCGUAAAUGGUGA